AUGGCCAAAGUCAACUUUGAAGAUCUGUCCGGCAGCUCCACUCCUGUCACUGCAAACCCUUUCGACGGCCUGAUCAAUGCUUGCCAUGGUGACCCUAAACUGAUUCAAGAGCGGUAUGCUACACAUCGGACAACGCGGAAUGCGCAGCAACGAGAGAAAAUCCUCAGCGACGACUUCAAAGGCUGGAUCCUCGACGAGCAUCUUGUCAAGCUCGAUGGACCCAGGAAGGAUCUAUCGUACAUAGACCCUCGUCACUGUCUCGUCUUCUGGGGGAGGCCACCUCAGAGAGUCAAGACACUGGUAGAUGUCAUACAGUCCAAGCUGAAGGAUGCUGCUCCAGGUAUGCUCCCAGAAUCCUACAGGGUUCGCGCGACUCACCAUACAGAUCUCUGGCUCAUGCCUCUUGACAAUCUACAUAUGACGGUGAUGGAGGUCGCCCACUCCAAGACCGAAUCUGAGAUUACUGAUCUGAUGAAUACACUCAAAGAUCACUGCAAGUCGAUCGCAGAUCAUACUUCCUCGCAUAGAGCUAGGCUUGUCAAACCUCUUCUGAGCUACGACUCGGCGGCUCUUGCUUUGAGCUUUGUGCCGGCUGCAUGGGAGUCACCGUCAAAUGGUCGGACAGCUGAUGAUGAUCGAUACACAUAUCACCAUUUGCGCCGCGACACAUACGCUACUAUAACAGAUUCGGGGAUCCAGGUUGGCUCCAGAUAUGUUGUGCCUUCGGCUCAUCUUACGAUUGCGAGGUUCAACUCCCCCAACGUGUUCGGAGGAGAUCCGUUGGACGAGAGCGUGACUCUUGACAUCAAGAAGCGAAAACGAUGGAUCGGUGAGCUUGAAAUGAUCAAUAAGUGGCUUGAAGCGGAAUACUGGCCUCAAGAAGGACACUUGAUCAUGCCAGGGGGUGAGUGGGUUGUGGGCGAGGAAAAGGGUCUCGACUUCCGAAACGGCACUCUAUGGUACGGCGGAGGCGCAACCAUUUACCUUGGGGAGGGAUUUGUCUAUGGCGAUACACCAGCGGCAAAGAUCUCGUGA